AGAAAAUAAGAUUGUGUGGUCCACUAUGUUGGUGACAUUCGGGAAGAUGUUUGAAAAGGUCAGUAUAUUACAUAAUGUACUUCUUCCUACUCAUUUGGUUAAGGUCAUUAUCGAAAAAGUUUGUGAUGGUAGUGUUAUUGUGCAUGUGCCAAUAGAUGAGGUUACUACUAUAGCACAGACACUUCAAACUUUCAUUGUUGUCCUAGACAUCUAG